CUCUCUUGUCUCUUUCUCUCUGUCUCUGAGGAUGGAAUACGCUGAUAUUGAUAAAACUACAAGACCACUUGCAGUUUCCUGUAUUCCUUUCUCAUCAUCUUCUCCUUCUUCAUCAAUGUUUUCGCCUCCUUCAACUGCCUUUCAAGGUCCUUGUGCUGCCUGCAGGUUCCUCAGACGUCGAUGCAAUGAGAGUUGUAUCCUAGCUCCAUAUUUUCCACCAAAUGAACCACUCAAAUUCAUCAAUGCCCAUAAAGUCUUUGGAGCUAGCAACAUCGUCAAGGCCUUGCAGGAACUUCCCCAGCCCAAGAGAGUAGAUGCUGUGAGCAGCAUGGUUUAUGAGGCAAAUGCGAGAAUUCGUGAUCCAGUCUAUGGUUGUGCAGGUACAAUUAGCCAGCUUCACAAACAGGUUAACGACCUGAAAGCAGAAUUGGCCAUGGCUCAGGCUGAGCUCUUUAUCAUGCAAUGCCAGCAACAGCAACAAAAUGCUAAUGCAAGCUUCUUCCUGGACAGAUAUUUAGUCUCAGAUUAUUGCUAAUUAAUCUCGUUGGCAAUAAAGAGGGAGUGUUAAAUGCUCAUGAAUAAAGAGAAUAUACCCAGACAGUGUUCAAUAGAGAUAAGAUUGGUAAUAGUAGAACAAGAGAAGAUGAUAGCUUGAUCAUUAGGCAUACCAUGAAAACAAUGGGUCUUUACAUGUAUAAUUUGCUGAUAAUCUGGAAUAUGUAGAAGACUGAUGUUGUGUAUCAUCAAUUACCUUUAUAUAUAUAUAUACCACUUGUAGGUAUCAUCUUUUGGUUCUCAUACCAACACUUGAUCAGUUUAUAUAGACUGAAACUCAGGGACAAGGUUGAUGAUC